GAAGAUAUAAAGUUUGGGGUGAGGUGAUCAAGGAGAAUCAAGAAGAGUCAUGACUACAUUAUCAAAGAUUAUAUGUGUGUUGAUCAUUCUUUUCUUAUGCAUGUCCUUUCGAUAUUCACUUCAUGUAGAAGAUGUGAAUCAAGAACUAAGCCAUGAUGUCGUUUCAACUCGUAAGGUGAUCGGAAAUGACGAUGUGGGGAUACGAGGAAGAAAACUGAUGAUGACAAGUAGUGGAGAAGCAGAUAAAGAAACAACGAUGAAGAAGGGAAAGAGAGAGACGGAGAGAAAACCAAGCAAAAGUGUUGAAGAGGAUGGACUCAUUCCUUUCACUGCUGAUUAUUGGAGAGCCAAGCCUAAGCAUCAUCCUCCCAGGAACAAUUAA